AUGAAUUCACCUGCUAAUACAUUAAUUGAUUCUUGUACGAAACCUCAACCAUAUACAACUUAUUCGUCAGACAUGUUGGCUUUGAAAGCUCAUCAUGCCUUAGUACUGGAAGAUUUAAAAGCAUUACCAAGAUUUUCGGGUGAAGAAUCACAAUCGAUUAAUUCAUGGCUAGAAGAAAUCGAACUUGUAUAUGAUAAAGCAUUUAUUACUGAUAAUGAUAAAUGCUACCGCACACUGAAAUUGUUAUCCAAUAUUGAUGACAAAUGGUUGGAAUUUAUUCGUCGUCAAAAAUUAGAUUGGAACGAAUUCAAACGAAAAUUAAUUAGUCGAUUCGAAGGAAAGAAGGACCCAUCACGUAUUGAAUUCGAAGAUGCUAUUCGAAAUCGACACUAUCAUGAUAAUGAACCAAUGCAUCAAUAUUAUUCUGAUGUCAUGAGACAAUGUGAUUUAUUAGAAGUAGAAUAUCCAGUUUCAGAUCGUCAUCGUAUUGAUUAUAUAAUUCGGGGUCUACCUGAUAGUAUUCAAGAUCAAUUAUUAAUUAGAGAAUAUUCAACAUCAAAAGAAUUAUUAGAAGUAUUGCAAAAAAUUGAAGAACGCCGUAAACGGACAAAUUUCGAACAACAUGUUACUAGUAUAGAUGAGAAUGCUCCAUUACCAAUAGCAAGGGCAACACCCAUAUCACAAACAACAUUUUUACCAACAAACAAUCUUCAAUCAAAUAUACCUUUUCUUCAACAAUCUGAUCAAUACCGUAAUAAUACAUAUCAUAGUAAUCAGUUACAACAGUAUCAUCUACCUUCACGCUCAUCAUCAAAUUAUAACCAACAACGUACUCAGCAACAACGAUCCAUUCAAUGUUAUAAUUGUGGCAAGUUUGGACACAAAGCCACAAAUUGCUUUAAAUCAAAACAACGUUUAAACUAA